GCACUGGCAAAGCAAGCCAAGAAAGAAGGACAAAAUGGGCUUUCCUGUUAUCAACUAAUCAUCGACAUUUCUUCAACAAAAACACUUGAAUUGAAGCAUGAAUCAACAGUGACUAGGGUGUAAAUCAUUGUAGCCUAUGCAAAACUGUGUUUGAUUACACAAGUAUUACAGCUGCGUGGAGUUGGGCUGUUGCUGUGAAGAUCUGUCGCCGCGUGCAUUUGUUUUGCAGUUUGACAUUUGCGACAUGUGAACACUGCAGUCAUUGGGACAUCGACGCACUCGCGCUACAGGCGGAGAAGUGCUAUCUGUCUUCUUAAAAAAGAAAGUAGGCUAUGAGGAGGAGGACAGAAUACAGCUGUGUGGAUUUUAACUGAUGUUUCUUAUAAAGUACUUGAGAAUUUUUUAACGUAAAAUAUGACUUCGGUUUGGAAAAGACUACAACGAGUCGGCAAGAAAGCCUCGAAGUUCCAGUUUGCGGCGUCUUUUCAAGAGCUGAUGAUAGAAUGCACUAAUAAAUGGCAACCAGACAAACUGAGGGUGGUUUGGACCAGGAGGAAUAGGCGGCACUCCUCCAAGCUCCAUGGGUGGCAGCCAGGAAUCAAGAACCCGUACAGGGGGAUGGUGGUGUGGCAGGUGCCGGAGAGCCUGGACAUCACCGUCACCCUCUUCAAGGAACCAACUGCAGAUGAAUUUGAGGACAAGGACUGGACGUUCGUCAUCGAGAGUGAGACGAGAGGUCACCGGAAGGUGCUGGCGUCGGCCGACGUGAACAUGAGGAAGUUUGCCAGCGCCACACCGGUCCAGUUCGACAUGACGCUGCAGUUCAAGCCCGUGUCGGUGAAGGUGGUGGAGGCCACGCUCAAACUCACCUUGUCCUGCGUCUUCCUCAAAGAGGGCAAGGCCACGGACGAGGACAUGCAGAGCCUGGCCAGUCUGAUGAGCCUGAAGCAGAGUGACAUUGGGAAUCUGGACGACUUCAACGAUAGUGACGAGGAGGAGGAGAGGAGGGGAAGCACUGGACAAGGUCCAGUUCCUCCAACCAGAAGGAUACACGACCAGGCGUGGAGACCUGUGUUUGACUCAGAUCUUCACAGACAUCUCAGCACACUGGCUGAAGAGGAGUGCCCUAAUGUUCCACCUACUGGAGUAGUCAAUAACGCCGGUAAUAGGCCAGACCCAGACAAGACGCCAUUGGCCAGGCCCUAUGAAAAAAGGCGGGAGGCUCAGCAAGCGUAUGGAUUGGAGGUUGUCAGGAGAACUGCUGGACCUGAGAGCAUGACCUCUGUGCUGCCCUUUAGCCCCAGAGCACCCUCUGCCCCCCAAGUCCCAUAUUUUGAGAUGCCCAAACCUGUCAGGAAUCAGGCAGAGGCCAUGCCAACAGGGGUGCUCCCCAACCCCAAACCUAAACCCAAACCCAAGCCCAAACCCAAACCAGCAACCCGUCCCAUCCCCUCCUCACCUGAGACUAAGGCUGGCCUUUCUGAGCCCACGUUCACUUCUGCCAUGGAGCCACUGGUCAAACCACGGAGUCAUAUGACCAAGAUGUCCAUUCAGAUUGGCACAGCAUCAGGAAAUACUGAGCCUGUUCAGUUCACUCUGAAGCCACCCUCUAAGAAACAGAAGAUGCGCUCUUCCAAAACUGUGAAACAUUUGCCUGACAUUGCUCACACAGAAAAGAAAGAUGCAAAGAAAGAGCAGGAUCUGAAAGUUGUCCCUAAGACAACUGCUCCCACAAACAUAGGACAAUCUGAAGUCAUACCCAGGGAUCGGGGAACUGAAAGCGUGGACACAUUGCUUCCAUCUUGUCCAAGAGUUGCCAGUUCUCCUGGUUUCCCCUCUACAAUAGUAACCAAAACAUCAGAGGCACACUCUGACCAGUGGUCCCUUGAUAAAAACCCACUUAGGGUGAGAGAGAGCCCCAGAAUCACUCCAGCCAAUCAGAGAUCUGUCCAGGACCAGAAAUCCAAGGACAACAUGGCCUCUAUGGUGCCAAGCAGUCCCGGGGUGGCUACCAUCCCCGGUUUUCCCUCCGCACCCCAACACAAAAUGGAAACCCCAGAACUCCAAAUGGAGCCUCUUAAAGUUAACCUGGCACCAUGUGUCACAACAGUGUCAAGUUCAGCAAGUUUGCCAUCAAGGCAGCCAAACAAAACUGCUGAGUUUCAGACUAGUAAUUUACAUGAGGAUGAAAAGCCCUUAUGGGAGGUAUCACAGAAGCCCAAUGCUGAGGUUUCUAAGAUGUUGGGAACACCAAGUAUGGCUAAUCUACUGCCAACCUGUCCCCAAGCUUCAACUAUUCCUGGAUUGCCUUCUUUAAAUCAGACACAGUCAGCUGGCUGGCCAGUGGAAAGAAACUCCCUGGUCAAGAUAUCUUUUCGAAAGAGGUCAGGAUCCUUAUUAUCACAUUUAGAUAAUGUUGAUAGAGUUUAUUGGGAUCGUGAAAUGUGUGCAAAAAUGGUGGAUAUGACACCAUCCUGCCCAAGAGUAUCCCUUAUUCCUGGCUUCCCAUUUGCCCCAAGACAAGAGCCCUGCAUGGUUGACCUUCUACCUACAUGUCCCAGGAAAAGCAGCAUUCUAGGUGUACCCUCCAGAGAGACAGUCAUGUCCAGAGAUGAAGACUGGAUUGUGGACAGACAUCCAGUGUGGGAAAAGCCAGUGAGGAUAAGAGAAGGAUGUAUUCUACAGAUGAAUAAGGAAGUCACUAUGGAGGACGCUGAAACGAGGAGGAAAAUGGUAGACAUGUUGCCUACUUGCCCAAGAAAAGCCAGUGUUUCUGGCUUCCCCUCAGCACCAAUGCCCAAAACCAGAAUGGUAAACAUUUUGCCUACGUGCCCCAAACGAGCUAGAAUUUCAGGUUUACCUUCUACUGACCCAGUCAAGUCUAGUAAUGAAGAUUGGGCUGUUGACAAAAGGCCACUGUGGCAGAAGCCAUUGAAGAAAUCUGAUUUCCUAAUGCCAUCUGCUUCUCCAGUUCUGAGUAAAUAUGAGGAUAUGUUUAGGCUGUUGCCUUCUUGUCCAAAAGAGACCUCUAUACCAGGCUUCCCUUCUGUGCCACAAAAGCUAGCUGGGACACCAAGUAUGGUGAGCCUUCUGCCUUCAUGUUCUGACAUAACCAAGGUUUCUGGUAUACCAUCUAGACAUCAAAAUCUGUCAAAGAAUCUUGACUGGCAUGCUCUGAGAAGAUCAUUCAUCGAGAGACCACUGAUUAAAAAGCCACAGUAUGGGAUUAAAGUAUUAUUAUGUAACAAUGCCAAAUACAUGAAAGACAUGGUCAAACUGUUACCAUCUUGUCCAAGACAAGCUAGCAUUCCUGGCUUUCCCUCUGCACCUCAACAUGAGCCAAGUAUGGUUAACCUUCUUCCUACAUGCCCUAAGGUGGCCAGAGUUCCAGGUUUCCCCUCAGUACAGCCACGGAGAUGUAGGGAUGAAGCUUGGCUUGUAAACCGUAGUCCACUAUGGCAGAAGUCAUUGAAGAAAAGUAACCUAUUUGAUCUUCCUAUGUCUCCAGUUCAGUGUAAAGAUGAAGAAAUAGUUAGGAUGUUUGCUUUGGUGCCAUCUUGCCCAAGGCAGACUAGAAUCCCUGGGUUUCCCACUGUACAAAGACAAGAGCCAUGCAUGGUUGACCUUCUUCCUACUUGUGCAAGAGUAGCAAGAGUUCCUGGCUUACCAUCUAGAGAAUCAGUUGGAUCCAAAGAUGCAGAUUGGGUUGUGGACAGAAGGCCGUUGUGGGUAAAGCCACUGCAGAAAAAAGAUAUUUCAAUAAUCUCUCUAUCUCACUAUAAAGAAGAAAAAAUUUGGAAACACAUGGUAGAUUUGAUGCCAUCUUGUCUAAGAAAGGCCAGUGUACCUGGGUUUCCUUCUGCACCCAGACAGAGGACAGCUAAAGUCCCAAGCAUGGUACAUCUACGGCCCUCUUGUCCAAAAGUAUCGAGGGUUCCUGGCUUGCCAGGUAUUGACCAGACUCAUGCAGUUGAGUGGCCAGUGAAUAGAGAGUCUCUGUUCAACAAGGUGUUCGCACAAAGGCCAGGAUUGCUUCACUUUGAGGACACGUCAUAUUUUCCUUGUAAAACGGUUACAAAUAUGACAAAUAUGUUACCAUCUUGUCCAAGUAAGGCUAGAAUUCCAGGCUUCCCCUCUGCACCAAGUCAAAAGACAAGUAUGGUAUACCUCUUGCCUACAUGUCCUCAGGUAGCAAGAGUUUUAGGGUUUCCUUCAAGACAGUCAGUCAAAAAUGAGGAUAUAUUUGUGGACAGAUGUUUUCUGUGGCAGAAGCCACUAAAGAAAGGUGACGUGUUGAUUUUGCCAAUUUACCAAACUCAUGAUAAAAACAUUCAUGGGAUGGUAGCAAUGGUGCCAACUUGUCCAAGACAAGCUCGUAUUCCAGGCUUCCCGUCUGCACCACAGAGGCAAGCAGACACACCAAGUAGGAUGUGUUUACUUCCCACCUGUCCUAAAUCAUCCCAGAUUCCAGGUUUUCCAUCUAAACAACCUGUUGAUUGUGAAGAUAAAGUAUGGUGUUUAGUGAGAGAAUCUCUGUGGGAGAGGCCAUUACACAAAGUUAAUGUGAAAAUGUGUUCACAUGUCUGUACAUCAUACGACGACAAAGACUUUGUGAAAGAAAUGGCAGCUAUGUUACCAUCAUGUCCACUCAAGACCAGUAUUCCAGGGUUGCCCUCUCAGCUGAAGUUAGUACAAACUCCAGUUAUGCAUAGCCUGUUGUCCACUUGUCCUAAGAGCUCCAGAGUUUCUGGUAUGCCUUCAAGAGUACCAGUAGACACAGAUGAAGGUCACUGGCAUGCUAGUAAGAGGCCUUUGUUGCUCAGACCAUUAAAGAAAAGAGCAAAAGUUGUUAUUCAGUCGAGUCAAUCUUUCAAAGAAAAAGCAAUGGUUAGAAUUAUGGUUUCAAUGUUGCCGCCCUGCUCUAGAAAUGCUACUAUUCCAGGCUUUCCUUCAAAGUCUAGACAGAGACCUCAGAGUAUUUUGGGACUUGAGAAAGCCCCUAGUAUGCAAAAUAUUUUACCCACCUGUCCAAAGCAUACAACAGUUCCAGGUUUACCAUCCAGAGACCCUGUGAAAAUGUCAAAGGUUGGUUGGCAUGUAAACAGGCAGUCAUUGUGGAAUAAACCACUGACUAAAAGAAAGGGGAUUGUUUCUCAGUUUCACCCAAUCGAGAUGUCAUUGAGAGCCAAAGAAAUAAUGAUGAGUAUGGUGCCAGCCUGUCCAAGACAUUCCACCAUCCCUGGUUUUCCAUCUAAAGUGGUUUGUGUCAGUAGGGUUCAGAAAGAGCAAUUUUUGACUUGUCUGUCAUCAACUUGCCCUGAAAGUUCCUGCAUCAUUGGUUUUCCUUCGAGACAGUCAUCAUGGUCUGAUGUCAGAGUAGAGCACUGGCCCACAGUUAAGAGUGUAUUAUGGGAGAAACCACUCAAGACAUUAGCUAGGACUCAGAUAUUUUCCUUAUCUCAGGGACAGAGUUGUUACAGACACAAACUCGUGAGAAAUGCUAUGGUGUCUCUUGUACCAUCAUGUCCAAUUGUUGCUCUCUUUCCAGGAUUUCCUUCUCUGUCACAACUGAAUGUAGAAAAGCUUACAAGUAUGGUAGAUAUUGUACCAACAUGUCCUAUGUUGUCUUCUAUUCUGGGGCUUCCAUCCACAAAUACUCAUACAGUAGAGAGUCGAGUAAAGGGUUGGCCAUUGGGGAAUAAACCAUUGCUGGAGAAACCAUUGAAAGAGAGUGCUGUAACAAUACAUACACCCCCAAUUAUUUAUAUUAUAAGAUCUGAUAAAAACUUGAGUAAACACAUGAUGGCUUUAGAACCAACAUGUCCAAGGAAAGCCAGGAUACCUGGAUUUCCAUCAGCCCCAAAACACAGAACAAAGGAAUAUAUUACAGCUUCGGUCGAAGCAUGCCACUCAAAUGGUUCUAAAGUCUCUGCAGCAGUUACAGACCAUAGAGGAGAGGUUCUGAUUCGACAGUGGCCGGUAGAGGAGAUGCCAGUUGGAGAAAAGUCCCUCAAAGAAGCAUCAGUGGGAUCUUUUAAUUCCAAUCAAGAUGUACCAGAUGAUCUCAAGAAAAGGAUGGAGGCAAUGUUGCUGCCCAGCCCAAGCAAGACCCCAGUCUCUGAACUGAUAUCUGUACAAACCCAAAUGUCUCACCACAGUGGAGGAAAAGUUCAUCAAAGCAGUGACAUGAAAAUAGUGGUGAAAGAGGAAGUACAAGGAUCAAAAGAUGGUUCAGUGAUGGAGGGGGUCAGAGUGGAAGGGCUCUUUUGGACACAAAAUGAGGCUCAAGAAGUGGGCAUUCUAGAAAAAGGUCCCUCUCAUCCAUCUCCAACCCAAGAAGGACAGCUAGUAUUGUAUGAGAUGAAAGGAGCUGUUAAGAAAGAUUCAAAGGAAUCCAAUCUGAACCUAGUUGAUGGUCAAUCAAUAGUGUCCUUUAAGGAACCACCCAUGGAUGUUACAGUAAAUAAAGUAUUUGUGUCAGAAUCUGGUUUAGAUGUUGAGAAAAAGGAGACUAUAUUGGCUAGGGAGACGAAGGUGGUUACUGGAUUAGUGGAAACAGUGGAUGCAAUCACACGCACUGGUGGGGGACCUGAAAACAUGGUUCCUCUGCUGCCAUCGUGUCCAGGUGUUGCUACAUCACCAGGGUUUCCCUCCAGGGAAACUACCACAAAGGCUCACUUAAAGGAUGCACUGGUGGACAAGACCGUAUUUUGGGAGAGGCCUCCAAAGGAGGCUCUACACCUGGCAAUGGAUAUAUCACCUCAAGAAAGGGAGACAAUGAAAGGAAUUUCAGACAUGGUUCCAUCUUGUCCCAAUUCUGCCACCAUACCUGGAUUUCCAUCUGCACAGCAACCAAAGCUUAGGGAAGAGAAAAUAAAGCAUGAGCUUUAUAUGGAAAAUGUGCUGCCAUCUUACCCAACACUUUACGAUGGAGAGUGUUCAGAUAAGGAAACAAUCAGGAACAAUGCAUACACCGUCGGAGAAACAGAGGUCAUUGCAUCCGCACCCCAUUUGGACAAAUUAAUGGAAGAUAAACAGUUAAUGAAGCACGUGGUGGAUAUAAAGUCACCAUGCCAUAAUGAAACCAGGAGUCCAAGCUUUCUCUCAACACCUCAUUCAAAAGCUGUUCACUUUAGUCCAAGUAUGGUAAACCUUUUACCAUCCUGCCCCCAAUAUUCUGGUCUGCUUGGUUGGCCAUGUACUGCUGAUGCUAGUAGACAAGACUGGUAUAUAAGUCAAGAACCUAUAUGGGAGGCACCUCCAAAGGAAAAGCUUUUUUUCAACAGCGAGGGCUUAAAAUAUUAUAAGGAAGCUAUGAAGGAAAUGGUUGCCUUAGCGCCAACAUGCCCUGAAGCUGCCAGCAUUCCAGGCUUCCCCUCCUUGCCCCGGCGCAAGGCUGAGAUAGAAUCCAGUAUGGUUAAUCUUCUGUUGUCUAUCCCCAAAGUUUCAAGUAUAGCAGGUUUUCAAUCCACUGAGGGAAAUUAUACAAAAGAAUGGUCAAAAGACCAAGGGUCACUUUGGGAAAAACAAGUCAAAGACAAAAGCACUGUCUCAAUAGACAGCUACCAAGGAGGAGAUAUGACAAGAGGCAUGGUAGCUAUGGUACCAGCUUGUCCAAAAAAAGCUAGGGCUGCUGGUUUCCCCUCCAUGCCUCACUCCAGUCCAGAUAUGGGAUCGCUUCUCUCGUCCUGCCCAAAGGUCUCAAGUAUAUCUGGUUUCCCAUCUACUGAGGCCGUUGAUAGGCAAGACUGGCUUAUGAAUCAUACACCCCUGUGGGAGAAGCAGACAAAGGAAAAGAUUACAUUCAUGGACAUAUCAAAUAAAGAUAAAGGUGAAAUGAACGGAAUGUCUGCUCUGGUGCCAUCCUGUCCAAAAGAAGCCAGGACUCCUGGCUUCCCCUCAGUACCAGAACCAAAACACAUUUACUAUGGACCUAGUAUGGUUAAUAUGUUGUCUUCAUGUCCAAGAGUGUCCAAUAUAUCAGGUAUGCCAUCCAUUGAUGGAGAUAGUAAGAAUACAUGGCUGACAUAUCAGGAACCACUAUGGGAGAAGCAAUUGAAGGAGAGGCCCAGGGUGACUGCAUACACACCAGAUGUGAAGGUGAAAGAUCAGAUGAAAGCUAUGGUGCUCUUGGUACCUUCCUGUCCAAAAGAGGCUCGUAUACCCGGAUUCCCGUCUGUACCCAAACCCAAACUGGUUCGCUGUGAACCAAGCAUGCUAAGCCUACUAUCAUCUUGCCCAAAAUCCUCUUGUAUUCCAGGCUUUGCCUCAUCAUUGGAGGCUUCUAAAAGUGACUGGUUUAUUAGUAUUCAUCCAUUGUGGGAGAAACAUAGGAAGGUGAAGUCAGUUGUAAUCUACGGAAGAUUAGAUCAAGACAAAGAUGAAGUAAAAGCAAUGAUGGCUAUAGUGCCAUCCUGUCCUAAACAUGCUCGUAUUCCAGGUUUUCCCUCAGUGCCACAACCCAAAGUGGUCUACUAUGCACCAAAUCUUUCCAACCUUCUUCCAUCAUGCCCCAAAGUAUCCAGUAUGGCUGGUUUCCCAUCCACUCAGGAAGCUGACAGUAAAGACUGGCAAACAGACUGUAGGCCAUUACGGAAGAAAGAAAUUAAGGAAAAGCGUAUAUUAAUUAUCGAUGGAUUUGAAAAAGGCAAUCAUGAUAUGAAAGGAAUGGUUUCCCUUGUACCAACUUGUCCAAAAGCAGCCUGUACCCCUGGUUUUCCAUCUGUCCCACUACCCAGAGUGGUAUAUUUUGGGACAAUGCCAAGUAUGAUUAAUCUUUCACUCUCCCUUCCAAAAUGCUCAACUAUUCCAGGCUGCCCAUCAUCUGAUCAAACUAAGAAGAAAGAAUGGCUUACAGAAACUGAACCGCUGUGGAAGAAGGAACCAAAGAAUAGGACACUAAUGAUCGAAAAAUCUGGAAAAGAAGCAAACAUGACGACAUCAAUGCUGGCUCUGGUGCCAUCCUGUCCAAAACUGUCAUGUGUACCUGGUUUCCCAUCUGUUCCAAAUCCUAAAGUUGUGUAUUAUGGACCGAAUAUAGUCAAUCUGCUCCCACUCUGCCCCCAAGUCUCUAAUAUCCCAGGGUUUGCCUCGCUUAAAUAUGAUAAACAAGCAGAAUGGGUCACUGAACACGGUUCAUUGAUAGAGCGACCACAAAAAGAGAGAAAGUUUGUUAUUUAUGAAGCAGAACUUGGCAUAGAUACUUCCAAAAACAUGUUUGCAUUAGUACCAUCUUGCCCACAUGCUGCAAAGAUUCCUGGCUUCCCCUCCGCACCACAACACAAGAUGAUGAGUCUGGUACCCUUAUGCCCCAAAGUUUCAAGUCUCCCAGGCAUUGCAACCACUGAGGAACACUUGGAUUGGCUUGUUGACCCAAACCCACUGUGGGAAGAACUUCAGAAGAAAAAGAAGGAAACUGUUUUUGCAAUAGACAGUCCAAAACAAGACAGGGAAAUCAUCAAAAAAAUGGUGGCCUCGGUGUCAUCUUGUCCAGAAGCUGCCAGGUCUCCUGGCUUCCCCUCUGCACCUAAUCCCAAAGCUAGGGAGCCAAACAUGCUGAGUCUGGUCCCCUACAACAACAAAACCUCCUGCCUUCCUGGUUUCCCAUCCACCUCUAAAGGCCCAAGAGAAGAUUGCCUACUAGAAUCAAACCCUUUGUGGGUAAAGCCACAAACAAAGCAAUUACACAUCAUGACACCAGUCUGUCAAGCUCAGGAAAGACCCUCAAGUGAUGCAAUGAGCAAUAUGUUGUUCAUGGUACCAUCAUGCCCAAGAGAAAGUAUUAUGCCUGGUUUCCCUUCAGCUCCAAUUCAAAAUAGAGCCCCAAACAUCACAAGUUUACUUGCAUCUGCCCCAUAUGUUUCAGCUAUUCCUGGAUUUCCAUCAGCAAGAAUGGUUAAUUCAGAUCAGAAAAAUACAGAGGUAGUAAUUACUAAGCCCCUCUUUGAGAAGCCUGAGAAAAAAAAGAAAGCCAUUAUUACAUCUGUGUCAGCAGAAGACAUUGAAAAAAUAAAGAAUAUGGUAGCAAUGGCACCCUCAUGUCCAGCUGAGAGUCGUAUCCCUGGAUUACCAUCCAUAUCGCCACCAAAAGCAAUGCCUGCCCUUCUGCCACCGUCACGCCCCAAGGAAACAAGCAAACCUGGUCACUUUAAUGAUCUACCGUGCAGUUCAGAUUCUGGAGAUGAGAAAACUUUGCGUGUCGAAGAAAAGUUGACAGAUGGUGAGAGAGAAAUGGCAGAUCUUGCUGUAGAUAAGGGUAUCCCCAGCAACCAUCAUAGAGAGAAGCUUUCGGAAGAAGAAUUCCAUCCCAAGCAGAAGUCUUGGGAGAGCACAGAGUCAGAGCUAGUUUUAGAGUGGGAAGUGCUGGAAGCUGAGGACUCAGAAAAGGACUCAGAGACAGAGAAGGAGCCCUCAGGCCUUGUGCAGGCCAUUGUAGGUGUCUUCCACAGAGGUUAUGAAACAGUAGCGUCCAUUUUGGGGCCUUCCAACUCCGUUCCAGCUGAAGGGGCAAACCAGGCCCUUUCAUCCUCUGUGGAAACAGAGAUCCACUUAGGUAGUACCUCUACCACUCUCCCAGAUCCCUCUCCCCUCAUUCCGGAUGCAAUCUCUGUGGAGUCAGCUCACCGUGAAGGCUUGGUUCAAACCAAUAUAGCCAUUGAUCUUCCCACAACUGCUGAACCCUACAUGUGGACUCUAGCAGGAGAUCGAUCCGAAUCUCCAUCACCAACCACAUACAGUGAUGAUGGUUUUGUUGGAGCAGUAGGCCCGGGUAGUAUGAAGAAAUGGCCCCCACUAACGGCGGCUGACCUUUCAGAGAUCUCAAAAGAAGACUUUGGUGUAGCAAAGGAAGAGGAGAUUUCGGCUGGCUCGUGGGAUCAUGUAGGAGAGAAACCAGGAGUCACAGGGCAGGAUUUGAGACAGAUAUCAGGUUGUGUUGAAGGUUUGGUAGCAGAGAGGCCAGUAGAGAAUUUGAAGGAUGAAAUGGGAGCAGAACUAUCAGCUUCUCUGGACAAAGGCCCCCAACACACAAGCACAGAGGCCUCUCCUAAUGCCACUCAGCCCUCCACAGACAAGUCACUGGUAGAGACACCUUCAGUGCCAAGAGAAAUGAUCUCAGGCAAAUCAUCUGAAGACCAGGUCCUCUCAAUUGAACCACACACAGACGUUGUACGGCCUCAGCGAGGCAGGAAGCCACAACGGGAUAUUCCUCCAGAACUUCCACUGAAAGCUAGUGAUCAAAGUGAAAUGACUGCAAAUCCUACUACAACGACGGUUCCACUGCGUCCUUUGAGGAGGAAGGACAGCCUAACUCCGGAUCGCAACACAAAUCCUCACGGGGCAUCGCUCAAUGUGGUUCCUCCUCGCCGUACAAGGAACAGAGACGCCAGUCUUCCUCCCGAUCCUCAACAGAGUGCUGAUGCACAAAUUGGUGCUGGCCAGUCAGUCCGUGCACAGUCAACGACUGAAUUGGUCCUUCCUCCCAGGCUGAGGAAAAGAGAUGGCAGUCUCCCUCUAGAGACAGGAAGUGCUGUUGCUCAGGCCAACACCCAGGUGGUCCCAUCCCGGCCGGUGAGGAGACGGGACAGCAGUAGAGACUCAACACAAAGAGCCGACGCUCUCGUCCCUCGUUGUCGUGUAAAGAAAAGAGAUGGCAGUGUUCCUUCAGAAGCCCCACAGAAAGCUGAUGAAGCUGUGCUGCCAACCUCAGACCCACCACACAGGCCUCUGAGGAGAAAAGAUAGCCUCACACCUGAGCCUCCCAAACAGAAAGCGGAUGAACCAGGAAGCUUAACUUCCCAGGAGAACACCAUCGAUGACACUGUUCCGGCCCAUUGCGUAAUGGCUUCUGAAGCUUCCAGCUGUCUUGAGCCUCCUCAGGACAUGAACAAACCUGUCCAAGUAGCCGUGGGUCUGAUUCCACCCAAGCCUCCCAGGAGGAGGGUGAGUCUCACCCCUGAACCUUCUCAGGAAGCCCAUCUCGAAGACAUCAACAUUUCUGAGGCAAGAACAGAGCUUGUUCCUCCUGUGCGCUCAAGGAGAGCCUCAAAGGCCACUCCUGAACCAACACAUAGACCUGAUGACCUGGAAGAUAUCUCUGGCCGGUCUGCCGCUGAGGAAGUCCCCACCACAUGCAAAACAAAGACACAAGAUGAUCUCCCUAUUGAGCCUGUCCAGACAGAGACAGACAAUGAUUCAGGGGUUGGGGAGACUGCCCCACUCUCAAUCAUCAGAAUGAUAGGCCCAUCAAGGUGCAAGAAAACCCAAGGUCUUUCAGCAAAAUCAGGAGAAUCAGAUGGUGCAGAAGAGACCACGGCUGUAGAGUCCACAGCUCCUGUCCCGAUAAAUAACCCGCUCAGGGACUCUCAAGUAAAACAGUCUCAGACUUCUACCGAAAUGGCUACCACCGAGACAGUUGAAGAGGAGCCAACUGUGGCCUCAGCAGGAGACGCUGCCUGGCGUGGAAAGAUGGAGGUCGAACAGCUCCUACCAGUCCCGAUGCCUCGAGUGAAGAAGCGCCUCAGUGGCACGUUCCCCAACGAUUUCCCACCCCCAGACGUCAACUCUCCCGUUCUGUCCGAUGCCUCUACGACUGCUGAUGAAGCCACCAGGCCCCCCAGGGAGAGGGGACGCUCACCUGCAACCUCCAGAGGGCUGGAUCCCCCUCAACAUGGCGACAGGAGCAGCAGCCUCCCUCCUUUGUCCCCUGGAGACCCUUCGACACCCGACGAGCUGGUUGUACCCCUACGCAGGAAAAGGAGCAGGGUCCAGAUUGAUGGCAUUGAGAGUACACACCCGGCAGGUGGACCAGCGGGUCUUCCUGUUCCAAAACCAAGGGGAAGGAAACGUCUGAGUGGAUCUUUCCCUGACGACUUCAAUGCGCCCAGCCCCCUAUCUUUAUGUCCGCUAGACUCAACAUCAAAAAUGCCAGACCAGAAUAGGUCACUGGGGGAUGAACCUUACCCCUCUCUCUUCCCUGUGCCCUGUCCUAGGACAAGCCUAAAGUCCUUCUCUGAUUUGAUUCCUCCAUUGGAUUCUCCCAUCUCUACUCAAAGUGAUGCACCUGAGAGCAAGCUAACCCCGCCUCAGAAGGAUGAAGAACCAACCAGUCAGGAAGUCAUGGAGAGUUCAGCGUCAAUGGAGACAAGUACUGAGGUGUCUGAUGACGGGUUUGUUACAGUACAAGUCCCAUCACGGUUGAAACAGGAAGUAGACCCACAGGAUGUUGCCGAAGAACAAGAACAAGCGGACGCCACCAUUUCUCAGACAACAGACUCGGUUGAAGUCACGGCCGGUAAGAGGGCACUGGAGGAGAGCACAGAGAGCUGGACCUUCGCAGAUACUGAGAGCUUUGUUACUGAGGACAGUGAAAAAGAUGAGGCCGUCCCAGAAACAGCACCUGCCUCCACUCCUGCCUCGGGACAGGAGGACUGGCUGCAUGUAGACAGAGCCAUAGAGGCAGAACAGAUGGACACAGACUCGAGUAAAGAGAUGGGGGUUGAAGAAGAGGUGGACUUUGGCUUUAUGUCAAUAGCAAUAGCUACCAGUGACUUAGAGGAGAAAGGGCAACAGGAUGCUUCCGAAGAGUCUUCGGGCCUUGCUCCGCCAUUGCCUGGUCAGAUGUCAACACCACAGCGUCAAGAGAGUGCUGCUACCUCAGAUGCACUGGAGUUCAGCCCUGGCCUGGUCACCUCCAGCCAGUCUCUGCUGGAGUGGUGCCAGGAAGUCACCCAGGGUCAUAAAGGGGUCAAGAUCACCAACUUCAGCACGUCCUGGAGGAAUGGUCUGGCCUUCUGUGCAAUCCUCCACCACUUCCACCCAGACAAGAUAGACUUUGAAAUGCUUGACCCAUAUGACAUCAAGCGCAACAACAAGCAGGCCUUCGAUGGCUUUGCCGAGGUGGGCAUCUCUCGGCUGAUGGAGCCCUCGGACAUGGUUCUCCUGGCGGUGCCUGACCGCCUCAUCGUGAUGACCUACCUCAACCAGAUCCGCACGUAUUUCAUGGGCCAGGAACUGAGCGUCCUCCACAUCGAGAAGAACAGCAGCGAGUCGAGCUACGCCGUGGCCGGAGAGAGCCGGCAGGACGUCGACACGGAGGCGGCCACCCGCUACUAUGCCCAGAAGCUCCAGGAGGAGGGGAUAACCCUAGACACCAAUGGGAGUGCUGCGGCAGAGGAUGAAGCAGGUUCGAAGACCAAUAGGGACAUGGUCCCGCCUCCCAGAACUAAACGAGCAGCAGGUGCAGGGAGUACCCAGGCCCCAGUGGCACCACCUCGGACUCACUUCCUGUCCAAGUCUGGAUUCUCCCAUGUAAAGGAUGCAGACCUGGUGAAGAAACGACGGUCUCAGAGGAGAAGUAGUUCUCCAGAGGAGUGUGAUCCCGCAGAGGCUGCGUCGGGUCAAGAGGAGAGUGCUGGUGCUAUAAGAAAAUCAGAGACAGAAGGCCAGGAGCUAGGGACAUCUGGUGAGGAGACCAGAAUGGCAGAGGACGGCCAGGACUCCAGCGAGUACGUCCUGAGUGAAAUGUCGGCUCUGGAGGCGGAACAGAAGCACAUCGACAGCAGAGCAGACGUGGUGGAGAGGAAACUCAGGCGACUGAUGGAGACAGGCAGUGACAAGGUGGAUGAGGAGAAGUUAAUCCAGGAGUGGUUCACGCUGGUCAACAAGAAAAACGCCCUCAUCAGAAGGCAGGACCACCUUCAGCUACUGCUGGAGGAGCAGGACCUGGAGAGGAAGUUUGAAAUGCUAAACAAAGAACUGCGAGACAUGAUGGCUGUGGAGGAGUGGCAGAAGACGCAAGCCCACCAGCACAGGGAGCAGCUGCUGCUGCAGGAGCUGGUGUCCCUGGUCAACCAGAGAGACGAGCUGCUUCACGACAUCGACGCCAAGGAGAGAGGGGCUCUGGAGGAGGAUGAGAGACUGGAGAGAGGCCUUGAGCAGAGGAGGAGGAAGUACGCAGACAAGCGCAAGGAGAAGUGUGUGGUGCAGUGAUUACACUGGUGUCAGCAAUGGGAAUGGUCCCUUGGUCCACUCCGUGUGUGUGUGUGUUUAGGUUAUCUAGUGAUGCCAGAAUGGAGUACAACUGACACUCCAAGAGCAUACGACUGUAGCAGCAUAUGCAGGUAUUGUUACUGUAUAAUGAGCAAUACUUACUGUUCUGAGGACAUAUACUUACUGUUCUGAGGCAAAACAUGCUCACUUGCUCAUGUGGUUGAAUCCCCUUUUGAAGCCUGUCUCUGACUGUUGAUCAAUCACUUGACACUAUUUGAGUUUGUGUGUGUGUGGAUUUAAUAGAUUCUGAAGUGUCUGUUGUUACAUAAUCUCUUUAUUGUGAAUGCAUGAAGUGUGUGUGUGUGUGUGUGUGUGUGUGAGUACACUACAAUAAGAUGGGGUUACAUGAUCUAUGACUGCAUAGAGUUGGUUCAAACAGGCAAAUGAGGCCCGGUUUACCCUACUGAAGUAUAAGAACUAUUACAGUAUGCUGACUGAGGUAUUCAACUGAAACAUUUUACACUGAAUGUAAUGGCAAGGGUAUUACAGUCCUAAUGUGCCAAGUAUACCAAAGAUUUACUCAUAUGAGUAGCUAAUUUCCCUUGAGAAAGACAAGGACACAUGUGCCUAAGGAAUGCUAUAGAUUUCAAGUUUUUUUACAGUAUGUUGAACUUUGCAGGAGGCAGCAGGAGAUACAAAAGAAAAAAGUCAGUUACAAAAGUCAGCCAAGCUGAAAAAAAUAUUUUAAUUUAUAGGUUUUAUUUAUCGAUAUUUAUAUCGAUAUCUUGCAUUUAAACCUGUCCUUGUAUUGUGUAACUUAAACAGGUCAUAACUUAGUUAUGAUGCAGUAUGAAUAAGAAACACUAUACACUUUAAAUGUUACAGUGUAUAGGGUAAAUGUACAACGUUACUAAUAUGCCAUUGUGGUAUAAAAAACACCUGCUUUUAACCAGAAUAGAAGAUGUUUAUCAUUACUCAAAUAUCAAUACUUCUGAAUUUCUACAGUAUUUUAAUACUGGAUCAGAUAACUUUAUCAGUUUCAGAGGAACAUGAUACUUCUAAGCUAGUUUAGGCAUAUUCUGUGAGACGUAAUGUUGUUUUGGUUUUAGAUAGUUUGAAGUUAUUUCCCAGCUUGUAUACCCAGCCCUGUUCCUCUUUUAACUGUGGUCAUGUUUAUCACUCCCAGGGCGUGUUUGAGUGUGUGUGAGUUUGUUAACUGCCUUUUGGGAGAAAGUUGUAAUUGUUUUAUUGUUGAAUUUGCACUAUUUGUAAAGUUUGGAGAAUAAAGAGAAUAAUUUGUGACUUA